UAGUAUAUAUUCGAUAGCUCCGGUCACACUAUGGCGAUUCGCGCACAUUGUUUUCAACGUUUGUAUCGCAACGAAAUGGAUGAAAAGGUGCUGCCGAAGUUUGUAUUGCCGUCUCCAAAGUUCGGCAAGACCAAUGGAUCCACCGCCUCCAAUCACCUCUACCUCACCCCCAGUGGGAUGACCCUGCUGCCGCGGUCCAAGCAACCGCCACCCAUGUACGGCGCACGAGGAUCAACAGUACCAGCGAAAUAUCUGCACCAGGAACAAAGCAGCCCAGUCAGCGUGCCAGCAUCCUGUACAUCACCUGUUUACCACUCUCCUCCGCGAGCCGAAUUUUGUCACACAUGUGGCAUGGAGCUGGCUAACUUGCAGGACAUGAAACGCCACCUGGAGCAGCACGAGUUCUGCCCUGCCGAUGACUGCGACUUUGCGGCGCUCCACAACAUCCUGGAACGGCACAUAGAAGCCAAUCACAUCACGGGAACCUACGUGAGGGUGAAGAAAGUUUGGACCGAGGAAGAAUUGGCCGCUUGGAGGGCAGAGCGAAGGAAAAAAUUUCCCACUGCGGCCAAUGUUGAGCUGGCUAGAUUAGCCAAGGAACAGCGAAUUAAACGCGGAGAGCGCCUUGAGGCUUCCAAAUCCCGCUUCGGUAACCGGGAAGAUCGCCAAAGGACGCGACCUAACGUAGAUCGCAAAGAACGUUUUGAUAAAAAAAACAAGACAAGGAGAGGUGCCAAAGGCAAAGCCAACGACAAGAGAAAACGUGUAGAAAGUGCAAACAAAACUACUGAUAAAGCAAAUGAAGCUUCAAAGCAGAUAGAAACUGAGGAAGAUAGAAAAAAUGAGGAAGUAACUCGAUGCUUCCUGGAAAAUGGUAAAUUUGGUGGAACUGGACAAAUGCCCGACUACCAGCACUUGAAGGGAAAAGUUCGACAACAGAAUAAUGCGUUGUCUAGCCUUCUCGGAAUGUAUGGUUCAGAUAGUGACGAAGAAAGUGAAACAGAGAGUGACGAGCAGGAUACAGGAGACUGCAGCAAACAAGUCACAGCACACGUAGAGAGCUCCAUAAGUAUGCCAUAUGAAACCACAGAAAAGGGUCCCGUCCUUGAUGAUGCAACUGCUGAGGCUUCAAAUACACCUAUCUCUGUUGAGAACCCUCAAUUCUGUGAGGAUCAACCACCAACACCAACGUUGGAUAUGACAAUUUCAGAACAAGUUCCGCCUGAAACAAACAUCAGUCAAAUAACUCCAUCUGCCUCAGAGCCUGCCAAGGAAGACGGCUCCUCUGACGAAGCACCCGAUGAGGAGCCCUUCCAGCGAGUAACUGAAGCUAUAACAGCGCCAGCUUCACCCAAAACUGAACCAGUGGAACCGAAGCCACAAACUGCACCCAAAAGAGCUGCUCCAAAGCGAAUUUACGGCUUGAACUACAAGAGAGCUCGCAAACAAACCCCGAACACCAUGUUGUCGAAGCUGUUGGAGACGGAUAUACGUCAUGAACGAAAUGUCUUGCUGCAGUGCGUGCGACACGUUUGCGAGAAGAAUUUCUUUGGCAUUGGUCAAACUAAAUCAAAUCAAGAAACAUUGGAUACCACUUGUGAUAAGUCCGUUGAUUCAACACCGGAUGCAUUAUAACUUUACCUUUUAGCAUAGCAAAUAAAGUACA